AUGAGUGGUUGGAUGAAGAAAGAGAGGAAGUGGUUGAUACUGAUGAUGCCCACGAUGAUGGUGAAACAAAUGAGACAGGGCAUACAGAUGAUAAUGGCAACCCUCAUUUUUUUCAAAAACGAUAAUGAGCCAGACUAUGAGUUGAGUGACAAUGUAGGUGAAGGCGAACAUGUUACUGAUGUCAUGGGGGAGAAUGAAGAUAAUGAGAAAGGACACAACAAGACAACUUGUCCUCAAGUUGAAAGGCCUCCUAAAUUUAAUGAUAGGAAAACACAAUGUGUGCGACAAACACAAGAGUCAGUGAACAUGGAAAGGGGUGGGGAAGAUGUUGCAAUGGGUGAUGUUGGUGGGGAAGAUGUUGCAAUGGGUGAUGCUGGUGGUCAAGAUGACAGGGUUCAUGAGCAGGAAGUGCAUUUUGGUAAAGUGGAACAGCCAAGGAAGAGGAAGAAAUCAGAAAGAAUCCUUAAAUUGAAGUUGGGAAAAAAAUUAAAGGUGAAGGUAGCAGUGCAUCAAAGCCUAUGGAUGUGGAGUAGUGUGGGUGUAGUGUAUGGUGGAUGGGUAAUUACAUAA